AUGAAGGUAGCCAGGGGGCUGGUCCCAGAGGAGGGCGCGGCGGCUGGCGGGGUGGGCGCGGGGCAGCAGAGGAAGGGCGCGCGCAUUCUGGCUGCUGAGACCUUCGCUCACCACGCCCCUCUGCCCGACUACCUCGACCACAUCCCCCACUGCCAGGCCCUCGCCACCAGUACGCAGCCCUGCUCCCUCCUCUCCCUCUCUUCCCAGCCUUGCUUCCUUAGCUCUGCUGUUCCUUUCUUCUCACGGUGUGUUCCUGCUCUCCUUGCCUCUCAUUUCUCUGCUCUCCUUGCCUCUCAUUUCUCUGCUCUCCUUGCCUCUCAUUUCUCUGCUCUCCUUGCCUCUCAUUUCUCUGCACUCCUUGCCUCUCAUUCUAUUCCUUUCUUCCCCCCCCCCUCCCUUCCCACCCCCUCAAAUCCUGCCUACUCUCCAACGUGUGGGCGCACGACGGUGACGAUCCGGUCGCAGUACCUGGGGCCGUACGACAUGCACAACGACAUCUACAACAUGACCUUCUACAACGGCUGCGCCUACAAGGUCACCAGCCCGCUACGCGUGUGGCAGUGCUUCAACUUCGGCAACGUGUGGGAGGGCGUCCUCUCCAACCCCGCGCCCAACCCCACGCAGUACCAGACAGGCGACAUUUUCGUGCAGACCUUGCCGGGCUACUGUGAGAUGCGCCUGAACCGCGGUGCCAGCGGCAAAUUGCAGAUGCUCCCCAGGGAGACGGUGAACAUUGUGUAUGCGUACACGUGGGACUUCCGGCCCUGCGUGCAGGAGCUGCGGUUCGGCAACGGCAACUGCUACUCCAUGACCAACACCACUGAGUGCCAGCUCACCGUGGGCCCCUCGUACUGCAUCGUGGAUAGUGUUCGUGAUUAUUGUUCCAUGUGGUGUAGCACAAGGUUUGGGUGA